GGCAGUAUAAAUAGAGGAUCAGAAUCAAUCUGAGAGACAGACUGCCUGAUAAUACUGUUUAUUAUCCAGCUUUGAUCACCAGCACAAUGACUGCAGAAAUCGCUGAAGGAUGGAGCACAGAGGCGUUUGCCACUGACGAGGUGGAGAACAUGUGCAUUAAGAUGAAGGCAGACAUAGAGAAGAAGACUGGAGUCCAUUUUGAUGUUUUCAUUCCUAAAACCUUUAGGUCUGAGCCAAAGUGUGGUGGACACUAUCUGGUCAAGGUGAAGGUCGGAAUAGAUGAGUACGUUCAUAUGGUGGUGUGUGUAGUGAAUGAAGACAUUGACAAAUGUCUAACUGUGAAAGGAGUCCAGUACCCUAAAUCCAAGAGUCACCCUCUGGAACCCUUCGGAAAACUUCCAACCGCAUGUGGAAAAUAGUCUGUCUGAUAUAAUAUAAUAA